GCAUAUGGUUCAGGGACAAUCGGAAGAACAUGUUAAAUAGCUCGCUCGCAUGUAGAAGUCGCCCAUCCAGAAGGGCGCGCAUCUCGCUUCCAUGGCUCCAGCACCUACGACGGACACCGCUUCCUCAGCCUCACCGUCUCAGAUGUUCUCUGGCACUGGCGGGAAGCCACCGUAUGCGUACCUCCGCGAGGGAAGCCUAACGUACAGCAGGCCACUAGGACCCACCGAGCUCGGCUGCCUGCUCCCGCGGGGCGCGCGCGGGUACACCGACACGUUCACCAUCGCAAGCCUCGCCUGCUCAGGCGGGCACACCAUCACCGACGACGAAGUGAUCCACGCCUGCGCCGCGCUCCGUCUGCGGCAUCCGCUCCUCGCGUCCACCAUCGCAUUCCACCCGGCGCAGCCGCCCGAGUUCGUGUACGCCUCCCCGCUCACCAAGGCGCACGCCCUGCGCGAGGCCCGUGCGCAGAUCGAGUUCCACACCUUCGCUGACCAGGACGCUGCGGCGGAGGCGCUGCGUGACCAAUGGUUGUCCUUGGAUCCCGAGGGCGCACUCGACCUGCGCUAUGGGACGUGUUCCCUCUACUGGGCGCGCGACGUCGACCCGCGCGCGGGGAGGUACAUCUUCGGCCUCAUGAUGGCGCACUCCGUCACGGACGGGCGGCGCAAGGCGAACAUCGUCCGGUGCAUGUUGGAGCUGCUCGCCACCCCCGGCCGGGCGCAGCGGGUGCUCGGGGCGCACUUCGCUGGAGAGACGCCGAUCGUGGAGAUCCCGCCUACGCUGGAUAGUCUCCUCCCCGAUAUGAGCAAGGCCGACCCUGCUGAGCUCGCCAAGGCAAAGGCAGCGUUUGACGAGUUCGUCAAGCUCAGGAGAAGGCCCUUGUUCGGCUUCGUCCCCGACGGCGACGCCGCAGAGAACAACAUCCAGCCCCGCUUCGUGCGUCAGACCUGGUCCACAGAGCAGACAAAACUCAUUCUCAAGGCCUGCAAGGCGCAAGGCGUGACGAUCACGCACUUCGCGAACGCGGCCAGCGUGUUCGCAAGCGUGCAGUGCGCGAGUCGCGGGGCGGUCCCGCCGGGCGAUAGCUCGGGGUCCGGCGGCUCGCCGGAAGACUGCUACUACUUCGAUCUCUGCCAGGCGAUGGACACGAACGCGAAGCUGCCCCGGUUAUCGAGCAACGGAGAGACGGAGACGGCGCUACGCUGCACGACCUACCCCAUCGUCCUCGCCGUCCCGCGCGCCGCCUUCGCCUCCUCCACGUCGGACGCGCUCUGGGACGCGGCGCGGCAGUACAGGGCGCGCCACGAGGCGUACGUGGACUCGCCGUACUUGUGGUAUUUCGCGCCCUUCUAUGGCGCGAUCGCGGCGGAGAACUACAUGGCGCAGAUGGCUGGGGGCGCGUUCAUACCUUAUGUGAGUAGCUUGGGCGACAUGAAGAGCGUCCUGCCCGCCAGGUAUCCCGUCCAGCCAUCUCGCGCGGCCGUGAACGGGACGGCGAGCAAGACUCAGGUGGUCAGCGCGGAGAUCCGGGUCUUGGACCAGAUCCAGACGGGGAAGGCCCUCCCGCAUUCAGCGGCGUUCUUGUUGUAUACGUUUGACGACAGGUUGAACUUGCAGUUCAAGUGGAACGCGGGGCACAUGAGCGAUGGCAUCAUGCGCAGCUUCUUUGAUCGGGUCGUAGAGAUCAUUUCGCAGGUAGUUGACGUCGACGAGGAGAGUACAUAGCUGAUCGUGCGGUUCGGGUGGCUGAAGGUGGCCGAGCGGUACGGUGUCCAUCCAGCACUCCUACUUCCUCCAUCUUUUACUUACCACUAGCUAGCUCUCCGCAGACCCCUCCCCGUGUCUUCUCGAGGGAAUUGCAGGCGUAGUACGUUCUGCUCAGGCUUGUGCGAUCGGUAUAGAGAAAUUUCUGCGUGUGCGUGGGCUCUGCUCCUAC